GGGCGGCGUUAGACAAUACCAUUCCUCAAAUAUAUUCCAUCCCCUCCGUCCCCGAAGUGAGCCUUUAUUAGUCGGGAUCGUUUGGAUCUUAUCUCGCAUAUGACACUCGCUGGAAGAAAGACGGGAGGAGAAACACGGGGAUUAUCUGUGAAGCGGCUUCCGAUCCGCUGAUUCCUGACACGGGAGAGCCUCCUUAUCUCGCUCCUUUAUCCACAUCUACCACAGGCGGAUGGACGAGUAGCCCUCGCUGCACUUUAACCACUAUCAUCCCAUCUCCGCCUAUUGUCUGCGCAUCGCCGGGAUCACGCGUGGAGCUGACUGAUCCCCGCUCACGUAUUUUUAACCGCCUGUUUUUUUUUUUUUGUUUUGUUUUGUUUUGUUUGUUUGUUGUUUUUGCGCACCCAUCAGCACCGAUCCCCCGAAGCUCGGCCUUGUUUUGGUCCGCAGGAACAUUUCCCCCCCUUUUUUUCCUGACGUUUGACCCCACGCGUGAUUCCCAUGCAGGUGCAAGUUUCCGCCUGAAAAAGUGAAGCAACUUUCCCCUUUUUCACUUUUGCGCCAUCGUUAGACUCUGUUUAACAUCCGAUGGUGGUUUGUCCGCUGGAAUAUGAGUUAAUUUGGAGUUGAGGCUCCGCUCCGCAGCGUUUUAAGUUUGUUUCAAGAAGAAAACAAUCUCUAAACAAACGACUAUUUGUCAAGGUUCCUCCGGAGCAGCGACAACCAACCACCGCAGAUCAAAAAUGAUGCUGAGUCCGGAUCAAGCUGAGGCGGACCUCUCCUGGACCCAGUCCGAUCCGGAGACGAUGCUCAACGGUCUCAAAUCCGCCGGCUGCACCUCGGACGAGCCGGCGGAAGGCGAGGACAGGGCUAAAUGCAAAGCCGAGCAGCCCCUUAGCAGGGAGGAGAAGAGGAGGAGGCGGAGGGCCACGGCCAAGUACCGCUCGGCCCACGCCACCAGAGAGCGGAUCCGGGUGGAGGCGUUCAACGUGGCCUUCGCGGAGCUGAGGAAAUUACUCCCCACCCUGCCCCCGGACAAGAAACUGUCCAAGAUCGAGAUCCUCAGACUGGCUAUAUGCUACAUCUCCUAUCUCAACCACGUGUUGGAUGUCUAAAAGUCCCCCACCACACACACACACACACACACACACACACACACACAGGCGACAGAAACGUGGGUUGGUAGUUCGGACUGGAGCGCACGCUGGAGGUCAUUUGGGUUUGGCAAAGGUGUCAGUGAGGUUCGACCGAUAAAUGAGGGAGGGAGGAAGAAGGAAGCCAGUGUCGCAGACAUUUCCUGCAGAUGUGUCAGUGACUAAGAAAACCCGUAAACAAGGGUGUUUAUUGUCGACAAACUCUUAAGAGCGCAUCAACAAGUCUAACGAGAUCAGCUGCAGAAAAAAACAUAACCCGGAAAUUGAUUCUAAUUAAGAAGAAGAAACCUGUUUCCAUGCAGAUGUGUUUUCCACAGAUGUGUUUACUGCGCAACUUGAUUGUAAAAAUCAAUAUCAAUAUAAACUGUCUAACUUGAAACUCUUCAGAGCCAAAAUUAGUCACAUACUUUCAUUCUACCAGAUUCGUUCCUCCCGCAACCUGGACCUUUGCCAUCUUACAGCCACUGAGUCGAGCCCAGUGAGUCCAGUAGGUUCAAAGCUGGUCCCGUGUAAAAGCCUCAACUUUAAAUCCAGACCGCUCACUGAACAAAAGCAACACGCGAGAAAAGAGCUGUUCGAUGCAAUAAUGAGAGUGAUAAUAAUUGUACUGCUCGCAGUGGGGGAGGAGGAGCUGUAGGGGCCCGGGUCACUGAUGGUUCCCUCCUGACAGUGAUGUGCUGGAGGAUGGAGCCCAGAUUUCAUUUUCCACAUUAAAUGACCUUACUAUACGGUCAUGAAUCCUUCCCUCGCGUUACACUGGGGCUUUUGUCAAAUCCAAAUGAGCGGAUGUAAACGAUAUAGCUGCUUUAGAUCUAGUUUAGACGAUGUUUCCGUAAAGGAAGAAAAAAAAGAUUCAUUGCGUAAGUGCCACUUAUGACAUAUAAAAUUGUGACCUUAAUCAUUUUUUAAAAAAUAUGUAUGAAGUUAUUUAUUUAAUUGUGUUGAUAUUUAAGGCUAAUUUAUUUAUGUUGACAUCAUAGGCUGGCGUCUUUUUGUACAAAUGUAUAUUGUUUGUUGCUUCUAUAUUUUAGGCUGUAAAAUUGAAAGUGAUUGUGUUCUACUCUUACAACGGCACUUUCUGUUGACCCAUCCUGUAACUUAUUGUUUUAAUGUUCGUUUUAUUUAUUUAUGUCACGUCUAUUGUUUAUCAAUAGCAACGAUAAGCACUUCAACGUGGGCUUCAGUUGCCCCAUAAAUAUUUAUUUCCCUUAAUGUUUUGUGCUCGAAGAUUAGGAAUUGGAAAAUUGGGCUGCUAAAUAAAAACAUAAAUAUAAUUUUAAUUUAUUUUUUAAAUUAAAGUCAUCGACAAAAUCAUGUCAAAUCAACAGUUUUACGACUAAGAUGCUAAUUUGAAUUAGAACUUUUAUGUUAUUUAUUUAUUUAUUAUUAUUUCUUUGCUGUGACCAAAAAAUAAUAAUUUCGGAAAACUGUCUUCAUUAUGUUGUGGUUGUUUUGGUGUUUUAAUUUUUUUAUCAACUGUUUUAUUUUUUUAUAUGAUUUGUUUCUUCUUUGUAUUACAAAUCCAACAAGUAAUUUUAUAGUAAAGAAAAAAACAUAUCCUCUAUCCAAAGAUUUUUUGUCUCUUCAGGGUUGUGUAGGCUACUUGUUGCUUUAUGCAGAUCUUUUGUAGUAGAGGUAUCGUGUGACAGCUGGUUUCUAAUGGACAAACUUUUCAUAUUUUCCGGUGUUAUUUUUAAUUAAAACAGAAAUAUUUGAAAAAAAUGUUUGUCCUCCUUUAAAAUGUGCUUCAGUUAAUUUAUUGGUAUUAUUUUUAAAUUUUUUUGCAAUAUAGAUAAACGUCACAGGUAUCGGCCAAUCUAAAUAUUUAGCUAUCAGUUAAGAUGAGCACGGCGCAUGAUGACGUCACGCUCGCGCGGUCGCGCGUGCACGGGUGCACGCCACGGCGCUAUACUGUAGGUAUAGG